AUGAACAGCGACCAGAAUUAUACCUCAUCCCGGCCUGUUCUCAAUCAUUCUGAUCUUACCCUGUCUGAGGAGGAUACUCUCCACGUCUCCCUGAUCUCAUCCAGGAGUGAUGUUCUGCACGCCUCAAUCAAACAAUCUCUGCCCCUCUACGACAAUCUUUCCACAUCAAGAUCUUCGAGUCGUGGGACAAAAACAACGUUGAUCUUCCCUGGCAGCCCCCCAUGGCGCGUCCAGACCCGAGCCCGAGGCGCAACUGUUCAGAUUGAAUCUCAUCUCGCCCGGAAGACGUUGACCCUCCAGUGGAUGCUAUAA